GCGGAGACCCGUCAGGCGGCGGGGUGCCUCGUCCGCUCCCUGCCGCCAGCCCGGCGGUGGCGGCGGAGCCGCUGCCUCAUCGAAUUCAGACUUCGGCCGGCUGUUAGCAGCUGUCAGCCAGUGGCGAGCUGCCGUCCUGCUCGGCCCGGGCGGGCCACGCUCUCCCGGCGCCGUCCCCGCCUUCAUGGCAGCCGGACUCAUCAUCGCGGCGUGCCCGGGGCUCCAGCGGGGUCCAGCCAGGACCCGCGCUGCCCUGGCAGAUCAUGUAGAAGAGCAGAUUUAAUGUGAAGAUGGGACUGUUGGUGUUUAUGCGUAACCUGCUGCUAGCCCUCUGCCUCUUCCUGGUGCUGGGAUUUCUUUACUAUUCUGCUUGGAAGUUGCACCUUCUCAGAUGGGAGGAUUCAAAUUCAGUGGUUCUUUCCUUUGACUCCGUUGGACAUACAGUAGGCUCAGGAAGGAGAGAAAGAAAAACUGUGGCUCUUGUGCUUCCGCUGUCCAUCCCAUCUCACCUUGCUGCAGACCCAGGAAAAGACAGAGCCCAGAAAGAACCCAAAGAAACAAUGGCAGCUCCAGGCCCAGCCAUUCCUAAAUAUGACAAACUGGGCUUUCUCCUGAACCUGGACUCAAAAUUGCCACCAGAAUUGGCAUCAAAGUAUGCAAAUUUCUCUGAGGGAGUGUGCAAGCCUGGUUAUGCAUCAGCGCUCAUGACUGUCAUCUUUCCAAAGUUCUCAAAGCCGGCACCAAUGUUCUUGGAUGAUUCCUUCAGAAAAUGGGCACGUAUCAGGGACUUUGUACCCCCUUUUGGAAUUAAAGGACAAGAUAAUCUGAUCAAAGCCAUCCUGUCAGCAACCAAAGAUUACCGUCUAACUCCAGCUCUUGACAGUCUCAGCUGCCGGCGAUGUAUUAUUGUGGGAAAUGGUGGAGUACUUGCAAAUAAGUCAUUGGGGUUAAAAAUUGAUGACUAUGAUGUUGUUGUCAGGCUGAACUCGGCUCCAGUGAAGGGCUUUGAGAAAGAUGUGGGUGGUAAGACAACUCUCCGGAUCACGUAUCCUGAAGGUGCAAUCCAGAAAAUGGAGCAGUAUGAGAAGGAUUCCCUGUUUGUUCUGGCAGGAUUCAAGUGGCAGGAUUUCAAGUGGCUGAAAUACAUUGUUUACAAGGAGAAAGUGAGUGCCUCUGAUGGCUUUUGGAAGUCAGUGGCAACCCGGGUCCCAAGAGAACCUCAUGACAUACGGAUACUGAAUCCUUACUUCAUCCAGGAGGCAGCUUUCAGCUUCAUUGGAUUGCCUUUCAACAACGGCCUGAUGGGCAGAGGGAACAUCCCCACCUUGGGAAGCGUAGCAAUAACCAUGGCGCUCCACAACUGUGAUGAGGUGGCGGUAGCUGGGUUUGGCUAUGACAUGAGUUCACCCAAUGCACCGCUGCACUACUAUGAGAACAUCAAGAUGUCUGCCAUCAAAGAGUCCUGGACGCACAACAUCCAGCGGGAGAAAGAGUUCCUGCGGAAGCUGGUGAAAGCCCGAGUCAUCACUGACCUUACCAGUGGGAUCUGAGUGGCUGCAGCCACUGCCUCCAAGGGAGGAGAUGAAGAUGCACGCUGCAGCUCUGGGAGCAGGCAUGACAGCUGCCCCGCAAGAAUCACACCUCACUGAAGACACACAGAGAUGCCCAGGUGCUCUGGGAAGACCCUCUCUCCUUGCCAAUAUGCACGAGGGUUGCAUCUGCUGCCUCCAGGCCUAGAGCUGGCAGGAGGUGGGCAAGAGGCUGAGUGGGCCAUUCUUGAACUCUUCAUCGCAGAUGGAUCUUCUAUGUCCUGAAUUAUCAGGAAAGACUCAGGAGAGAGAAGAAAGGUGUGUGAAUAAAACAAUUUGUGCCAAAUGGGAGGUGAUGCUGCCCCGAGGCAGCAGUACCUGAAUGUAUAAAGUAUUAUUUUUUAAAAGAAACUCUGCUGGAAUCAUACUCGAAAUACCAGGGUGCAAGGCGAAGUCUGCUUGUGCACAGCCCUGCGAAAAGCCUGGCCUCUCCGUGCUCCAUCUGCAUUGUCAUUGGCCUCAGACCUUUCCCCAGGAAAACAAAUCCAUCUAGAACAUCGGCAUCAUUAGUGCUGCUGUAAUUCAGAGGGAGAAUAGGGUCUUUCCCUCGUUCUCCGCUUGGAGCUUCUGGAUAGAGAUGAGCAUGGGUUUGUUUUUCUGCACUUUUCCUUGCUUCCCACAUAGAGGCAGCAGCAGCAGCCACUUAUUUGGCUAUGUUUUCCAUAGCCGUUUGCCCUGCUCUGCCUCUAUCCUGACCCCAACGUGGAGGGGGGAGCUGAUGGCUUCCUCUGCUUGCAGCAGACCCUCCACACCUUCCUGCCUGUCACAGUGCUGAGGAACCUGCCUUGUGCUCCAGCCUUUCAGGCCUCUUGGUUUGUGCCUGCUGUGCAGGGCCCCCUUGGAGCACAUUGGUGCCACUGUUUCUGGACAGCAUCUCACUUUAUUUUUGUGGGGGAGAGCAGUAAUUUAUUCUUGGGAAGGAGGUCAGAUCUUGCACAGAAAUCUGGUACUUUGCAGUUUGAGAGCAGACUGCUAAAGAUGUUUGUUUUCUGGUCAAGGCUUGAUCAUGUUCCCUAUUUAAGCAAUGUGACCUCAGUGAUGAUGGAGCCUGCUAGCAUGGAUUGGGGACUGAUGGGAAAUGUCACGGCCUCUGCUACCUUCAUUUCCAAGCUCCUGUGCUGCUCUAGCACUGCUGCUCCUCCUGCUCUCAGGAGCACAUCCCUUCCUUUGCCAUUUUGGCCCUAAGAUGCAGUAUUUGCACAUUUGAUUUGUAUCCAUACUUCAGUGGAGCUGGAAUGAACAGAGCAAUGUGGCCAAGUGUGAGGACAGUGGAGUGGUUUCAUCCACCUGGAGAGCAUGGGCAGGAGGGGGAUUGCCAAGGGAAUCCUUAAAUGUGGAAAUUGGCUUCCCAUGCUCUCCUAGCCUGGUUCAGGAUGGACUGCCUGCAGGCACUGUCCCAAGCUGAGGCUCUGACAUGCAGCCAGCUGGUGCUGGGGUCAGUGGAGGGAGGAUCCCAGAGGGGUGCUGGCUGGGCUCGUCUUCCCAGUGCUGCAUCUGACAUAGUCCAAGGAUUGUGGUCUGCCUUGCUCUGCACUGAAGGGAGAACAUGGCCCUACCACAGACAAGGGAUGCUCAGAGCAAGGCUUGCACCAUUCCCCUGGGAUGCCUCUGCUCACUCUGAUUUGUAGGGGGCUCUUGCUCUGAUACUGAGACCCCAGAGGGGACAUGCAGGAGGGGCAGGCAAAAACUCAGGCAUGGGGCAGAUGAGCAAACUGUACAGAAUUAUUUGAAGCCAAGCUGCAGGCAAAGGCAACUCUGACGACAUGGUGCUGGGUACUGCCCACAGACUAAGCAUGCAAUGUAUCUCUCAGAAGGCCCUCCUGUGUGGUGCACCCAUAGCCAACAAGCUUUCUCAGGGGUAAGUCGUGUCCAUCUUCUGGUUGUGGCUGCUGCUUGCUUUCUAGUCUGAGAACAGCUCAAAGAGUCUGCCUCUUCCAGGCUGCAGGACAGAUACUGGGAGGCUCUUCCUUCUUUUUCACCUUCAUGUCCCCUUCCCCUGUCCCUCUGGCCUCCCAACCCAGUGGUCCCUGCUCCCCCCAGUACAUGCCUGCCCUUGCAGUGCCUCCCACUAGGGUGCUCUGUAAGGUUUCCAGCAGAUUUUAGGGCAUGUACUGUGGCAGAUCUUGAUUUGAAUAUUCUCCCCCAAUUUGGUUUUCCUGCUCAAGGGGCCCAGGGGACUGGAUUUCCAUGACUCUUACUAGGCAGCACUCCUUUUGUGGUUCCUGUUUGUCAGCCUGGACCUGGGACCAACAUCUGUAGAAUACUUGCCUCAGUCACAGUCGGGGUGCCUGGGGUGGACCAAGGCAAGGUUGUAGCUGGGUAAGGUGGACACCUACCCUCUGCUUGGGUGCUUGAACUGAGUCUUUAACCAGCUGCUGCAGGAGGUCUGGGGCAGUGAUGGGAUGAUGGGCCCCAUGCAUAUGCUACAGUGAGCUGAGUGGGUGGCUGCAGCCUGGAGGAAGGGGGGAGGGGGGGGUGAAGAGCCUUUGGUGUCCUUGCUGGGCUCUUCUCCACCUCCUGGAGGAUGCACUCGUGUGGAGGCUUGUGAUGGCAUUAAUUAGAUUUAGUCCAUUUUAUUGGGCACUACAAAGCUAUGGGGCACUUUAAACUUCCAGCUUGCUGGCUCCAGAUCCAGGGAGGGAGCAUGGCAUCUGCUCUGCUUUCCCUGGUGUCCCAGCUUCCCACCAUGGUCAGGGAUGGGACUUCAUGGGAAGCUGUCCCAGCAGACCAAGGAGGUGACUCCAAGCCUUUCCCUCCACCCAGGUGGAGGUAUCCAAGCAGAAGAGCCCAGACUGAGUAGGUGAGCAUGUGGCCCGUGGUGACUGGUGGGUCUGACCGCCUUCAAGUAGAAGGAAUGAGAAGAUGAGGGAGGGUUUGGGGGCCAAAGGCUCCCCUCCAACUUACUGUCCCAUUUGAUGUUGGUGGGGCAAGCACACCCACAGAGCAUCCCAGGGCUGGGUGCUGGGAGUGUGCAGUUCCUGGAUACUGUUCCUUUGGCUGCCUCCCGGUGUGCACCUGCAGCCACCUCCCACCCUCCAAAACACAGCAGUCCUGCCAGCUCCAGCAAGCGGUGCACAGGUCAGAGCAGGGUUAGUGGGACGGAUGUGAGUCUUGGCCUCUCCCUCCCAGUGACUCACCUUCAGCUCGGAAGGGAGAGCCCAGGGGAAUUCUCCACAACCUAAAUAUAGAGCAGGGUUGCCUGGUGCCUCUGAUGCGCUGCAGUGCAGAAAGGCCACUGGGAUGGCAGGGAGCCUGGGUGGAGAGGUCCCUGUGCAGCACAGGGAGGUCGAGGAGCCACCCCCCACAGCAGGGUCUGGGGAGCUGCAGGCCAGGCAGCACCCACUGCUUCAGGGCAGCAGCCAGGGAGCUGCUGCCACGUUGACCACACCAUGAGCACUGGCUGCUCGUGAAUCUGUGGGGCACAGCCUUCCCUCAUGCCUGCCACCCUGGCAUAGGGCUCCCUCCACCAGCUUCCCACGUUAGGGGUGGCCGUGCUGUAGUCUCAAGCUCACACGUGCCAAGUGGAGGCACCACAGCCAGGGAGUACAAGGCAGCAGUGCGAUUCUCUGCAGCCUGGCACCCCACGGCCCAGCAUCCCUGGGCUUCCUUUUCCUAGGAGGGAGCAGUAGGGAGGCCCUGCCCUGGCCUGUGGCUUUACCCCUCAGUGCGGGCACUGCUGAGAGAGGGGGAAGGUGUCCAGACAGGGCUGUCUGUCUGUCUGUAUCAAACAGGGGCGGGCAGGCUGGGGACAGAGAGCACCAGGGGAGCAGCCUGGCAGCUGCCAUACUGGGCUCCACCAGCACUGGCACCAGCAUGGUGUGUGCCAUUGGUCCAAGCAUGUGUCACACGCAGUAUUAGACGUGUCCUUCAGUAUAGGUGACCUGGGCCACUACCCAGCCCCCUGGGCACUGGCUCCUUGCACAGCCUGCACAGGGACUCGCUCCAAAGGCCAGUGCGCUCGCUGGUAUUGUACUGCACCAAGCUGAGAUGCAAGAACUCAAUGAGUUUUUAAAAUUAGUUUUAGUUUCUGCGAUUAUUUUUUUUUUAAUUUCCCCUCUAGGCAGGGAGGGCAAGAGUCUUACAGGCUCUUCCAAGCCGGCUUAUGUCACAUCAAUUCAGUCAUAUCACAGAAGCAAUAAAGCUAU